UAAAUCCUCGCAGCCGCACGUCACCAUAGCAACCCCGGCCAGGUGCGGGCGGCGGAGGGAUCCGCGGGCUGCGGAGCCGGCGCCUGUCCCUGCAUACGUGGGGUGAGGCAGAGUCAGGGGAGAGCUCCCCGUGCCCCCAUGCCCCGUGCACGCGGCCCGGGGACGCUGGCCGCGCAGGGGCCCUGAGCGCCAGGCUGCCCGCGUGCCGGCCGCGAUGGAGAAGGGGGAGGAAGGCGAGGCGGUGAGGAUCACCGCCCAGCUGCUGAAGGCCAAGACGGGCGAGUUCGACCUGGAGUCCAUCCUGCUCCUCAAGCUGCAGGGCUUGGGCAUCACGGACCUGGGCUGCCUGGGCGACUGCACCAACCUGGAGUGGCUGGAUCUGUCGGGCAACGCCAUCUCCUACCUGGGCCCGCUGGCUUCCCUGCGGGCCCUGACCGUGCUCAACCUCUCGGGCAACUGCCUGUGCAGCCUGGAGCCGCUGAGCGCCUGCGAGAGCCUGCAGACCCUCAACCUGGCCGGCAACCUGGUGAGCAGCCUGCAGCAGCUGCAGUGCCUGGCGGGGCUGCGCCAGCUGGAGAACCUGCGGCUGCGGGACCCCGCGGGCCGGCUCAGCAACCCCGUGUGCGCCUCGCCGGCGUACCGCGGCGCCCUGGGCGAGAUGUUCCCAGGGCUCAAGGUCAUCGACGGCGAGCGGGUCUCUGGCCGCGGCAGCGAGUUCUACCAGCUCUGCAAGGACCUGGACAACUCGCUGAAGCGCUGCGCCGGGGGCGGGGGCGGUGGCGGGGCCGAGCCCCCCAGCACGGCCCAGCCCUGGGUGCAGGAGGGCUACUGGGCAGUGCGCCCGCCGCGCCGCAGCUCCAUCAUCGAGGAGGCCUACAAGCAGUUCCACGAUGUGCUGCAGGAGUGCCGGGAGCUGGGCAAGAAGGCCGACGAUGCCAUCGCCCAGGCAGAGCGAGCCCUCAGCCUCCGCCCCGACCCCAGCUCCUUCGUGUUUUGAGCCGGCCCCGGUGUCGCACCGCAGGCUUUUCCGUGCCCUCUUUGCCGCGGGUCUGUCUCGAGCGCCCUGUCCGCUUGGCUUCAGCUGCGGUCCCGUGUCCCGGGGAGAGACCCUCUCCGAGCUGCAGGCCUGUCUGGCUCUUCUCCAGGGUUGCAGCUGGCUGUAGGGUCCAGGGGGCUGCAGCCAAGCCAAGUCUGCAGAGGGUGGCUUUCACCUGUGCUCUCUGGCUGCUGGGAUAAUCCUAGCCCAGCCUGGACCUUGCUUUACAGCGAGUGCCACCCUGCAGCUCCCCAGGGCUGGGGGCAAUGGAGCCAAGUCUGCUGCCCCACAUUGCAUCGGAUGGGAGACUCCCCCUCUCCCAGGCAGCCCCCACCAGGCUCCGGAGAAGCUGCUGACCCCACGCUCCACCCUAGGGCUCAGUUUCCUGCUGUGGGGUUGUCAGGCGUCCGGUAGUGCUGGGCAUCGUCCCUUCCAAGCUGGUUGCAGCCUGGGAGCCUGAUGCGAGAGCUGCCUGGGACAGCAGUGGUUGAGCGAGGCAAGGGGAGACAGGCCGCCUUCGUGACCCCCAGCCGGCUACCACGGGGCUUCUCCAGCCAUGCCUGCUCCAGACACAGCCAUGGUGUUUGCUCCUACCCAGCUCUGGGCCAGAGGCUCACCGAGCAGCUGGGGCGAUGUGGCAGGAGGGGGCAUGGGAGCUAAGUGAGGUCCCCCUCUGGCUGUCUGCUGUGAAAUAAACCCCCACUGUGUCCCCUC